AUGUGCAACUCGGAUAUUCAACACCCAGAGUCGAAACCUCUUGGGUGCGACACACCGAGCAACCGGUUUUGUCUCGUUCGAUCCCCUGGGAUCAAAGUGAGCGCACUCGCGUUCAGCCCCGCCGCCGCCUCCGCCACCCUCCCUCCCUCCUCCUGUGGAAUCGACCAGGGAGAGCUCUUGGCGAGGUCCCUUAGGAGCGGAAGAAGGUAUCAAGGGGUAUUUGGGGAAACCGGUUCCCUGGGUGACCGGGGCUCUAGCACACCACUGGUCAUCGUAACAGCUGAUGUCUGCCCAAUCAGAUUCGCUCACACGUGCGCACCAGCGCGUGCACGCACAAAGCGCGCUUCCUCGCUCCCAAGACAACACUUCUCCCCAAUGACUUCUGCUGGAUUGAGAGGGUCCCAGACAGUCGUGAUUCCAGACACCGCGCAAAUUGCUGACCUCCCAGGCCUGAUCGAGGGAGCAGCGGAGCGGAAUGCCGGUCUGGGUUCUCAAUUUCUCAGCCUUAUCGAGGGUUGCGCCAUGCUCUUGUAUCUCGUCGAUGUGGGCACCUUCUUGGCCGACAGGGGCCAGGCGUCGGCGUCGGAGGCCACGGACCACUUCGCCUCCCAGCUGGACAUGCUCCACAACGAGCUGGCCCUCUUCAACCCCGACCUUGUCGACCCCUCCAGGGGGUGUUUGGUGAUCGGCACCAAGUUAGACCUCGUUGUGCCCCCGUCUGGUGCUCAGGCGACCCUCGACAAGCUAUCCGCCUGGCUAGCGGAUGCGGCUAAACUGGCGGGUUUACCGUCGGCCCGAUCGCUGCUUGUGUCUGCGAGGCGUGGUGACAAUAUUGACCAAUUGGUUGAAAUAUUGAAAGAUUUGAAACCUUGUAGAAAAGCCGGCUUUAGCACAGACGGUCAAGUCAAUUACGAAACCGUGUUUGCUGCUAGAAGCGGUUAUCCUAAACACGCGCCUCUCCACUCCACGCCAUCACCACAACCCCUGCGUUUUCCGGAUGGAGGUGAAUCUGCCUACGAUGACGGCGAAAUGGUGGAAAUUCCCUACAGGAUCGUGAAGAAGUGGACGGAUUUCAAGAAACGCGCACAUCCCAGACGUGUCCUUCUGCCUCGAUUCGAGUAG